CGAGCGGAUCGCGGGCUCCGGCUGUGGCUUCGGGCUUGCGGGCGCAGGGUGGGCCGGGCGCGGAGCCCAGGCCUUGCCGCGCGGCGCCAUGAAGGGCAAGGAGGAGAAGGAGGGUGGCGCGCGGUUGGGCGCCGGCGGCGGAAGCCCGGAGAAGAGCCCGAGCGCUCAGGAGCUCAAGGAGCAGGGCAACCGACUCUUCGUGGGCCGCAAGUACCCAGAGGCAGCGGCCUGCUACGGCCGCGCCAUCACCCGGAAUCCACUGGUGGCUGUGUACUACACCAACCGGGCAUUGUGCUACCUGAAGAUGCAGCAGCACGAGCAGGCGCUGGCUGACUGCCGGCGCGCCCUAGAGCUGGACGGGCAGUCCGUGAAGGCACACUUCUUCCUGGGGCAGUGCCAGCUGGAAAUGGAGAGCUAUGAUGAGGCCAUCGCCAACCUGCAGCGAGCCUACAACCUGGCCAAGGAGCAGCGGCUCAACUUUGGUGACGACAUCCCCAGCGCGCUGCGCAUAGCCAAGAAGAAACGCUGGAGCAACAUGGAGGAACGGCGCAUCCACCAGGAGAACGAGCUGCACUCCUACCUCACCCGCCUCAUCGUGGCCGAGCGGGAGAGGGAGCUGGAAGAGUGUCAACGGAACCAUGAGGGUGACAAGGAUGAUGGCCAUGUCCGGGCCCAGCAGGCCUGCAUUGAGGCCAAGCACGACAAAUACCUGGCAGACAUGGAUGAGCUCUUCUCUCAGGUGGAUGAGAAGAGAAAGAAACGAGACAUCCCUGACUACCUAUGUGGCAAGAUCAGCUUCGAGCUGAUGCGGGAGCCUUGCAUCACACCAAGUGGUAUCACCUAUGACCGCAAGGACAUUGAGGAGCACCUGCAGCGCGUGGGCCACUUUGACCCUGUGACGCGGAGCCCGCUGACCCAGGAGCAACUCAUCCCCAACUUGGCCAUGAAGGAGGUCAUCGACGCAUUCAUCUCUGAGAAUGGUUGGGUGGAGGACUACUGA